AUGUCUACUAAUAAGUCAAAUAAAGAAGCGUCUGAACAGAAUAGCAUACCACAAUCCACUGCAGAAACGAAUUCACAAUCCGACGUGGAAUCAACCUCAGCUGACAAUGGUGCUCCUCUGACGGAACAGCAACAAUCUAUCAUGAAUUUAUUUAGGAACGCUUUAAAUCCUAAUGGCGAAAACCCCCAAGUUGAUGAAUAUCUUACAAGCACAUUCGGCUAUUUGCAAAAUGUAUUCAAUAAGAUGCAGACGGCUGAAGACAAGGAUGCUACGGCGGAAGAAAUUGCGCAAGAUUUAACUGAUAGAUUUGAUAAGUGGAUUUCUGAGAGAGAGAACAAGAAAAAGGAUUCUGAUAAGAAGGAAGAAUCAGAUAAACAAGAAGAAUCAGAAAAAGAAGGUACGGAACCUUUAAAGAUAGAAGAAGUAGAUUAG